AUGGCCCUUGCCGUCUUCCACUCGUGGCGAAGUGAGGAUGCCGAUGAUGCGGCUACGGGCGCAGCGCUUAUUGAGUUUCCUGCUUUUUCCUCGGACGCUAUGCAUGUCGUGCUUGAGAAUGGCCUCGUCAAUGGGCUCGAACAUUUGCUCCAAGAUGAUAUCGCCACUGCGUGUGAGCCGCUCUGGGUCCUCGACGAGGAGGCCGCCGGGGGGCAUGGGGCCUGGAUUUGCGCCGCAUGUGCGGAUUAUGACGAGUCUGCUUCCCAACUAGAUCAGGAAAGCGGUUCUUCCGAAGGGGAUCGCAAUACUGACCGGGAAGAUUCUGUCGAGCCGGCCAUGAUGCAUUCGUCACCAGCUUAUCCUCAUUGUGACAAGGCUCGUGCUGUUGGUGUUUAUGAGAACAUCAGGGGCCUAUCGCGGGUGUGGGAGAACGAAAGAGAUAAGAAGGACCGGUUGGAUGAGGAAGAGAAGGCCAAGCAGAAAACGAUAAAUACUAGCAAGGAAUUCGGUGUGCGCAAGACACGAGUGUCGCGGAAGCGGUACAAGUCAGCGAGCAGUGUGCGCAGCGCGAAGAGGAGAAAGACGAGAAAGACAGGUUUUGCGAAAGGCACAGGGUAUGCAGGGUCGUGUGGCACUGAGUGGAAAGGGCCUAGCGAAAAGAUCUUGAACCAAGCUGCCCGCCUCGAUGCAGAGGCCACGUACUGGUUAGUGCGUCUUCGAUGCUUUCUUCUGUCCCCAAAAGAUGCGCACCUCAAAUCGUGGCCUGGAUACAUGCGUCUCUUAUUGCGAGAACGUCAUCUCAUUUCGCAUUUGGCAAAGGUGUUGGUCAAUGAGUCGAUGAUGGAUGUCCUUGGCCGUAUUCCUGUUUUCUACUCGGCUCUUCGCGUCGUUCACCUUUUAGCUGAGACGCCUUCACUUCGCCUGUUGGUAACCGAACCUUUUGAUGGCAACAAAGGACGAAGCAUUGCCGAACUCGUUGAGUCCUUAUCACGACAAGCUGCUCUCCUAUCGACCGGGGCGGGUUCAGAUGGGCUCCAAGAAUCUACGACCUUCCUUGUAAAACAGAUCCGAAAGUGCAUCAGGGUCAUUAACCGCCACAACCUGCUUCAAGUUGUCCGCAACCGCAAGGCUGCUGUCUGCGCGGUAGACGUGGACGUCGCCGAAGACGAUUCUCAGUCGAAGAAGGACACAGAAAAGACCGCUGAAGCACCAUCAAAUGAAAAGGACAAGGGCAGUGAAACGGUAACCGCACCUCAAUGCUUCUCUUUUGAUCAUGACAAAUCCAUGUAUAUUGAGAAGAUGAAAUCACACCAAUUCCUGGCCGUUCCGGGAUUGGCGACAAGGAGCGUAUUCUUUCAAGAAGCUAUGCGUGCAGAGCAAUUCGCCGGCGUUCAGAAGCAACGCCAGAGACGUAUUGCCAGCGAAGUUGCGUCCCUCUUCUCAAGUUUGCCAUUGAGUUGGUCAUCGAGCAUUCUCUUGCGAGUCGACGAGGAUCGAUAUGAUUUUCUGAAAGCAUGUAUAUUUGGGUCAGAUGACACUCCGUACGAUUCUGGUGCAUUCGUCUUUGACAUCUUCUUGCCUUUAGAGUACCCAUACGUGCCACCGAAGUUCCAACUUCUCACCACAGGAGGAGGCUCUGUGCGAUUUAACCCAAAUCUGUACAGCUCAGGAAAGGUUUGCUUGUCCUUGUUAGGGACCUGGAGUGGGCCAUCAUGGACUUCAGCGUCGACUAUCUUGCAGGUGCUCGUUUCCAUUCAGAGCCUUAUUUUAGUGCCCGACCCAUUCUUUAAUGAACCUGGGUUCGAAUCCAUGGUUGGCACUGAAGGAGGAAAAAAUGAGAGUGGUCGAUACAAUGCACGAGUGCGGCGGGAUACCGCGCGGCAUGCAAUACUUGCGAGCAUCAAGUAUCCGACUGCUGAUCUCGAAGCAGGAAUACUAGCACACUUCGUCUUGAAACGACGGUAUCUGAAAUACCGAUUACGAAAGUGGUUUCCAAUCGCACCAAAACAGCCCACUUCAGGUUCUCUACCAGUGGGGCCCGGGCAGCCGGAUAACGGUAGUUCAAGCAGUCAUGUUGUGACUGCUGAUCCAAUGAAUCAACCGGGAGGCUCAUCAACCAUAAGCAGUGCGGAUCUUCAACUCUUUGGACCCACGAUACAGAAUAAGUCAACAUUCGGACUCGGUCGCAACUUCCGUUCUGUUCCGGAAAUGUCCCCUGCCAUGUUGGAACAGGUAUUUACGGCGCUUGACAGCAUCCCUUCUAUCAUGGGUUGA